AUGCCAGGAAUCGACGAGGAUGCCGCGACAACGCUGCUUCCAGUGCCUCCGAACAAGCCGAGGCGCCUUUCUCCUGGAAGCCUGAUGGCUCUUCGUAGCCGGCGGCUCGCACCAAGUCCAGAAACUCAACAGAGCACUGGGCUGGAUUACUUCGACGAGCUCUGCCACUCGCCGGAGAAAUGCGCACCUUUGCCUAGCCUCCUUCAGAUGCAAACUCUCCACAAACAGAAGGCUACGGUGCGAGAGAGAUUGCAUGGCUUCGCCUUGUGUUGGGGUCGGCAGGAAGAGCGAGAGGUGAAGCUGCGCGAGAUGCUUCCGCAAUUGUACGACAUCUUCGAGGAUUGCAAGCAGAAUACCGCGGACGAGGCCAAGGAGGAACCCGAGGCUGGCCCAGAUAGGCCUGCUCACAUCGCGGAAGAUGCAAUGACGAAGAGUGAGUUGGUGAUUUCGGACAUCGCAUGA